AUGGACCCUCAGGCCAGUUGGGGGCGCCCACUGCACACGCAGCGCCUGGCCUCAGGGAUGGUGAGGGCGCGGUGGCGCACGGCUCCGAUUGGCUGGGUCUCUCGCAGGGCGGCGCGUGGCCACCUGCUGGAGAAACAAGGCCUCCGCGGACUAUGCGCGCUCGGCCCUGGCGCGGCGGUGGUGGCCAAGCUGGCGUCCCGGCUUCCUCGCUCCCGCUCGCAUCCGCGGCUGGCCCGCGCCCGCGCCCACUCGCGGUUAGGCCGGGCCCGCGCAUCUCUAUCCGUGACCCCACCGCCUGCUCCGUCCCUGCCGCACCCGCCGCUGCCCGGACUGCCGCCCGGCCUGAGCCCCGCGCCGCCGCCGCCGCCUCCCUCGGCGCUCGCGCUGGCCGAGCUGCCGCCGCUGCCCGCGCUCCCGCUGCGGCCCAAGCCGGUGGCGCCCUGGGGCCCCGGCGCCCACAUGGCGCUGCCCGACCUGCCGCCCGAGGCCUGGUCUUCCGCGCCGCCCGCCGCCGCCCUCGCCCUGCAGGACCUGCCGCGCCUCCCCGCGCCCGCGCCACCGCCCUCGCAUCUGCCGUUACCGCCUCUGCCCGAGACCGCGGUCGCCGCCACGCCAGGGCCCGUGGGCGCGCGCGGCCGCCCGCCACUCAACACCGAGCCGCCCCCGCAGCCGCUACCGCCGCUACCCACGCGGCCCUCGCCUUUCAACCUGCAGGCACCGCCUGCGCCGCUCGACCCCUGGCCGCUCGACCCCUGGCCGCUGCCCGCCUUUCCCCCGCCGCCGCCACUGCCGCCCCCGCCUCCGCACUUUUUCCUGUAGCCGCCGUGCUGAAGGCCCGGCCCUCCCCGCCCCGGAGGGGCUGCGGGCGGUAAAGGGUUUGGAUGUCAUCGCUAAGAUCUUUCUCUGCUGAAGUUUGUAUGGCUUCUUGGAAACUCAGAACCUGCCUUCCAAGUCUUAAGAAGUCAAACUUUCAGCUGAAAUAGAUCCUGGGGUCCCUUGGGCCUGGGCGCACGGGGAGAACAGCGGUGUUGAUGGACAGUCGAUACUGGGCCUUGGAACAAGAGUGUCACAUGCAAGGGCUCUGAAGUCAUCCCCAAGGGACAGGAAAGCUCCCAGGGUGAGUCAUGAGAGGAAGCCCCUGUUCUCUCCUCAUCCUUACUACCUCCCUUCACCACCCCCACCCCCCUUUCUCCCCAGCAUGUACAACGCAGAAUAAAGUUCCCUUUGUUACUCAGGUGGCUUGGGCUCAAGUAACCAGGCAGACGUCCUAUCUCAGUGGGCUCUUCUACAGCAGCUCAGGAGUGGUAUCAGGAAGCCAAAUUGACCUUGGGCGACCUCUGAGAGCCUGGGACCUGCCAGCAAGAAAGGCAGUGUAUGAGUUUCCUGAGACUGCUGUAGCAAAUCACCACAAACUGGGUGGCUUAAAACAGAAAUUUAGUCUCUCUUGGUUCUAGAAGCUGCAAGUCCAAAAUCAAGGUGUCCCAGGGCCAUACUCCCUCCCAAGGCUCUAGGGGAGGAUCCUUCCUUGACUCUUGCAGCUUCUGGUGGCUCCAGGUGUUCUUGGUUUAUGGCUGCAUCACUCCAAUCUUUGCCUCCAUCUUCAUAUGACCUUCUCCCUUGUAGCUGUGUCUCACAUCUCCCUCUUGUUUUUCUCUUAUGACACCUGUCAUUGGAUAUAGGGCCCACCCUAAGUCCAGAAUGCUCUCAUCUUGAGAUCCUUAAGUACACCUGCAAAGACCCUUUUUUCAAAUAAGGCCACGCUGACACGUUCCAGGGCUUGGGACUGGACAUAGUGUUGGGGGCCACCAUCCAAUCCAUACAGGCAGUGUGCUCUCCCUUGUGGGGCUGGCCCACCUGCCCCGCUGUCUUUCAGCUUCCCUAAAGCCUGUGUUAGGCCCUACCCCUUGCUGAACCUGAGCCUUGGGUGCCCUUGGAGUACUCACGCAGGAUCCAAAGGCGCUAGUGCCUUGAUAAAACUCUCACUGGCACAGGAAAAAAAGUAGACCGACUUUCCCCUUUGCUGAAUUGUGGCCGAGUUCGCAUUCCUGCCAGCUUGCUGCUUCCUCUAUGCUCUUUAUGUCCUGUAGCCCUCCCCACUCUGAGCUGAGAAUCAGACAGUAAACAGGAAGGACAAGACUGAAUGUGGGCUCCUAAAGAAGACAGCACUCUCAGAGCUUCAGAUGCUGCUGGUUGUAAGCUGACAAUUACAACUGAUAAUAAAGUUGUUACCCAGUCAAUGGAGUCGGCCCCAGUUUACAAGUGAAACUGCCAUUGUGCUCUUGAUGAAAUACUCCCAUCCCAAGUUAAUACCUACAAUAAUACCUAAGGUGUGCAGGGCACUUGCGGCCCAGCCAGUGCCUUUGGCAACCCUGGAGGUAAGCAGGGCAGGCUUCUCCCUCUGGUUUGUAGCCAGGAGACACCCGAGAUUAGGCAGACGUGACUUGCCCAGCAAGGUCCUGGGGUGGGGUUGACACCACGUCUGACCCCAGAGUUCACUGAUCUGCGUGCUGCGAGUGGAGAGCACUCUUUGCUUUCUGAGACGGGGACAUGGACACGGUGAAAGUGAACCCGGGUGGAGGGUGGCUUCCCGUGUAAUCAGAUACAGAUGUUGUUCUGUGCAGAGACUUCCCCAUGACGCAGGGAGCCUCGAGGAGUGGGAGGAGGAGGGGAUGGCUGGCUCUGGAGGAAAGGACAGGAUGCAGGGAGGAUGGCUUGAGGGAAGCUCAACAUGGUGCGGGGUGGCCUGGCUGGGCUGCGGGCUGCAUUGCCUUCGGGGAAAGGCACCAGGAGGCCCAGCUUACUCUCAGGAAGCUCAGCCAGCGUUGCUGGGCAAGGAGCUGGAGGCUUUGAAGUCAGUCUAGGGUUGCAUCAGGCUUGUCCUGUUUCCCACGUGUUCUCUUGGCCAAGUUCCUUACCUCUCUGAGCUUGCUCCCUUGUCUGUAAAAUGGGGGCGUAAGUCCCUGAGAAUUAUUAUGGGAUGUCAGUGUUUCCUCUUUUCCUUUUGGUUCAGGAGCCAGGGGCUUUCUACCUGCAACUUCGGGGCCUCAGGUGCCUCCCUAGGGAAAUGGGCGAUGCAGCCUUUGGGGUUGUUGUGCAGCCCCCAUAGCUACCUCCAUACCCUUCCUGGCACCAUGGUGGCCACAGUCAGUUCCCCUCUUUUGUCCUGUUCCCCUGUAAGGGGAGCGAGAUGGACAAUAGGAUUGGAGUUAACCCCCUCCCACUUCACCUUCAUCUAAGCUGAGCUGCAGUCUCUUCUGCCCACCUGAGCCUCCCACCCCUCCUCCCUCCCAGAGAGAACAAAGGUUAGUUUCGGUUCUGUCACUCCCUGAAGGGGUGAGGAGGACAAGCCCCCCUCCACUUCCUUGGUUUCCUCCCUCAGUGGUACAGCGGGGAAGGUUCUCCUCCCCCACCUCUUUCCCAGGAGGUGGCGGAUGAGGUGGGGCUUCCUGCGGACUCGGUAAAGUGUCAUUGAGAUGGUAACUACACAGUGGGGGUCCCGGCCUCUCCUGUCCAUAGCCUUCCAGCCCGAGUCCCAGGCCCAGCCUAGGCCCCAACUUUAACCCUUUGGUUCCCAGAUCCAGCUGAAUCCAGGUUGACCAGAGGACCUAAGAGAGGGCCUGGGGCCUCCCAGCCGUGGCCUAAGGAGGGCUGAGGGCUGAGGGUGGGCAGUACAUUCCUGCCCAAGUGCCCUGGGACUCUGACCUCUGCUGCCCAUCCCCCCCCACACACACAGUGUGCCUCUCCUAGUUCUCUGACAAAUGUCCCCACAUUUACUCUCCGUCUAGGCUGUGGAGGAGGCGCCUUAUCAAGAGGGGGAAAAGGGAGACAGGUGGGAGGAAGCUGAAGCUGCCCCGUGCCCGGAGGCAGGUCUGGCUGGGAUUGGUUUCUGGGGGCGGCGGCAAGAGGGGUGUCUUCAUCCUCUGACCGCCCACCUCCCGUGUGGCAGUGCAGGGGUAGAGUGUAGACAUGUCGGGCCGAAGAGGAAAUGGGAUCUAAGAAGUUUAGGGUCCUCAUUGUGCCAUCUCUGGGCACCACGUUUACCUGGUGUGUGUAGUGCCCACACCAGGCCCCAUCACGACGUUGGGGGGAGGGGGUUGGAGCUGCCCGUGGAACUGGUGGGCCCUUAAAGCAAGGCCCAAUUGCAGGCUGACCAACUGUCCCCAUCCCCUGCGACCCCCCUACAAAGGGCUCAGUGCUCAAACCAGGAAUGUACUAGGCAAAUCAGGAUGAGUUGGUGACCUUAUGCCCAAGGCAGGAGGCAGACUCUCUCCAGGCCUGGGGAAGGAAAAGGCCCUGGGCUGAGGCUGCCCAGGAUGGGAGGCCUUUUGUGCGGUUCGGUGGGCCCUCCAGAGAUCCGGGCUGGCUGCUGCUCCCUGACACCUGCCUGCCCAAACCUGUGUGACUGGAUUCCUGGUGGCCCCAGAGGGAGCCCACUGAAGGCUUGCCUCUAUUUGCCCUUCUUCUCAACCACCCACCUACCCCAUGAAGUCUGAGGCCUGGGGGCGUGAGGGGGCACUAGAUGAGCUGGACAACCUGCCCAGGGCUCCCCCUGCCCAUCACAGCCAGCAGGGAGCUCUGGCCGUGUCCCAGCCAGCUAGCAUCAGCACCCUCCUCCCGUCUUCAGGCUGGGGCCACCAGGUCAGCCCAUACCAGUUGAUCUCUGCCCCUCUCUGGGGAGGCACCCAGUGUGGAGAAAGCUCCAAUCAUUGGCGUCCGCCUAUCAGACCCACUGGCUGGCACUGGCCUCAGUUGUUCCAUUUUAGGGGGAGGCGUUCUUGUGCUUUUCUGGGGCACCCACCCCUUUGCAAAUCUGAUGAAGUUAUAAACCUCUUUUCCAAAAAAUUGCUAAAACCCAUUCCCAGAAGCAAUGCAGCCACUUGAAAUUAGAAUCCUUUAUAAAUGAAGCCCCACUGGGUAGGUGAGGAGGCACCUAGCACCCCUCCCCUCCCUCAGGGUCGUAGAGUGGUGCAGCGGCCAGGUGUGCAUUGGGGGGCCUCCCACCCCUGCCCCCACAGGCCAGGUGAGCUCCAGCUUCCUCAGGAGGAGGGCGGGUGGAGAGGGUCUCCCCCGGGGGUCUUCUCCACCACCCUGGAGAGUGGAAUUUUCAUCAGCCCCCAACUCCCUUUUCACACAGUAAUCCUCAGUUCUUAGCACCCAGGGAGGGCCUUGAAGGAGCUCAUGGCCCGCCCCAAAUGAGGGGCUCCUGUUUGUGCGCUUCUCAAAGGGACCUUUGACCCAAGGAGGCUAAGGACCUUGACCUUCCAUGAACUGGCCCUGGGUUGGGGGCAGGAUUUGAGCCAUGGUCUGUGUGACUUCCAGGCUGCCCCCACGAGGGGAGUCACAGGCUCUGAGGGGGUCUUCAGGAGGGGUGUCUUUCCUGAGGACUGUGGGGCAGGGCUCAGGGACGCCCUCCUCUGUGGUGUCCCACUCCCCGAGGAACAGAGUUGGGUGCUUGGGCUGCACCCCCACGGAGGGCUCACGCCCCUGCUACUCUCCCCCUUCCCCCUCCCCCACCUGCACAACGGGCUCUUUGUCCCUGGCCCCCAGACACCCUCAGCUCAGCCCCCAGAUUCAGCAGCAGGGGUGGGGAUGGCACACCUGAGCUGAUGUAGAAGUUGGGGGUGGUGGUUUUCUAGGCCAUUGCCUGGGUGAUGCCACCUGAGCUGAGCGCCAGGCACCUGUUGCUGGGGAACAGUGCGGGCAGGGCCCCUCCCUCGGGAGCCGCCAGCGCCACUGGGCUGAGACGGGAGACGGAUCAGAUUCCAGAGAGUCCCCGGUUGGCAGGCAGCUGGACAGGGGCGGGGUGUGUGAUACUGGGGAAGCUGGUGCGUUUGCAUCACGGGGUGGGGGAGAGCAGAGACAGCGGCGGGCGGGGGACAGGAGGCUCCCCAAGAUACCCUCCCACUUCUGUCCUGAGCCAGUUCCUUUAUGGCCCCCAUUCCUUCCUCCACAGCCGGUCCUCAGUCUCCCCAUUCCUUUGUCCAUGGGUUCCUAUGGCAUGGAUGUUCUUUCUUCCCCUGUUCCAUCCUGGUCAUGACCCACCCCCGCACUGACCCUGAGGCCCCCAUCCCAUCCCCAGCCCCGCCUCCUCCCAUCACUCUGGCUUCCCCAGUCUCGGCCUCUCUGCUCCUCCCCUGCCUUGGCCUUAAAACCCCGCCUGCAACCGGGAGCCAGCAGAGUCCCCAGGUGGCACUGCCAGGUGAGCCGCUCAGCGUGAACCUGCACCAACUCUGGGGACACAUCUCUCUUCAGCCUGAAGGUGGGUCGGGAGGGUCCGUGCAAGCUGGGUCAG